UCUACGAUUUGCAAUGUAGUAUUGCAAUAAUUUCCACAGUUAGAGUUGCAAGCUCACAGCUGAAGGAUCGGUCGUGUGUGACACUGCGAUUAUAUAAUAUUUAAACUUUAAUAUAAAAUAAAACAAAAAACUAUAGCAAUGGCUGAGCAUCACUGGGUCUCGACAACCAUCGAAAAUGAGCUACCACCCUUCGCUGUGCAAGCUGGCCACGAUUCGGAUGGCGAUCCCAUCUAUGUUGGACGCGCAUAUCAUAACGGCGAUUUGCUGGUUGCUAAAAUUGUGCCAAACAAGAGUCAGGCAUAUGUGGCGUGGGGCGGUGAAGAGGUGAACAAACAUGAUAUUGAAGUAUUAGCUGGCCACAACUAUCAUUGGGUGCCCGAUGCUAAUGGCUCAGUGCCAACAGGUGCCGUCAGCUGUGGUCAAACUAGCCUGGGUGAACCAUUGUACGUGGGUCGCGGUUAUCAUGCCAACAGUUUGACACCCGGUAAAGUUCAUCCAUCUCAAGGGUGUUUGUACAUUGGUUUCGGCGGUGAGGAGGUCACCAUUACCAAUUAUGAGGUGCUCGUGCCGCCUGAAACCUGGGUACAUUCGUCGCAAUAUCAACCGGUGCCACCAUUCGCUGUCAUUGGUGGACGCGACUGUGACGGUACUCCCAUCUAUGUGGGUCGUUCAUUCCACGAAGGCGAUAAUCUGCCGGCCAAGGUGAUACCAAGCAAAGGUUGCGGUUAUGUCUGCUGGGGCGGCAAAGAAAUACAGAAGACACACUAUGAGCUGCUGGUGGGUCAGGGUUACGCUUGGGUACAGUGUUAUGGUGGCUCCGUGCCACCGAACGCUGUGCGCAGUGGUACAACACGCAACGGUGAGCCUUUAUACAUAGGUCGUGGCCACUAUGCCAACAGUUUGACAGUCGGUAAAAUACAUCCAUCACAUGGCUGCUUGUAUAUACCGUUUGGUGGCAAUGAGGUGCGUCUCGACUCGUAUGAAGUGCUCAUAAAACAGGCCACCGAUCAAUGGAUACCCACCACACCAUAUCAUGUGCCGCCAAAUGCCGUGGUUGGUGGCUACGAUUCUGAUCGCGCUCCCAUCUAUGUGGGUCGCGCCAUGCAUGAAGACUAUAAAUGGGUGCAUUCGUCCGCGUACGCCUCCAUGCCACCAAAUGCCGUGCUUGGCGGCAACGACUUCGACGGCGAUACAGUCUACGUCGGUCGCACGUUCCAUAACGGCGACACGCUAGUUGCACAAAUUGUGCCCAAGAAGCAAAUUGCAUUUAUCUCAUGGCGUGGCGAAGCCAUUCCAAAGGAUCACUUUGAGGUACUCUGCGGCACAAAUCUUAUCUGGCGUCAAUGUUAUGACCAUGUCAUACCGGAGAAUGCGGUGGUUUGUGGCAAAACCGCACUGGGUCAACCAGUCUAUAUUGGACGUGGUCAUUAUGAAGGCAGCUUGAGUGUUGGAAAAGUUUCUUCAGUUCAUCGCGCUUUAUUUAUACCGUUUAGAACGGCGGAACGUCGUUUGGAAUCUUACGAAAUUCUAGUUGAACAAAAACGCACCGAAGGUUGGGCAAUUGGUGCAACGUCGCCACCUCCACCACCACCAGAAGACAUAAAACCAACAUAUCCAGUACCCCCGAUUCAGGACGUGAAACCAUAUCCACCACCACAAGAUGUGAAGCCACCAUUGGGACCACCAAUGCCGAUGCCAAUGCCACCACCACUCGGACCACCACCCGCCUGCGAUCCCUACAAUCCACCUGCAGUUUUCGAUCCACCACCACCAUAUCACGCAAUAGCUGCUUCAGUUUAUACACCAACUCCACCAAUACCACCAAUUGAACCUUAUAUACCACCCACACAGCCGGAUAGUUAUGGUCCACAACAAUCUGAUACUUGGGUUGUUUCAAGCGCGAACUAUACACCACCAAAUGCUGUUUACGCCGGACACGAUACUGACAUGUCACCAAUUGUGGUUUGUCGGUGCUUCCACAAUGGUGAUUUGCUGCCGGGAAAAGCGAUACCGAGUCGAGCUUGUGCCUACGUCUCUUAUGCGGGUCAGGAAAUUCAGAAGUCCAAUUACGAGAUUCUCAUUGGUGAGGGUUACGAUUGGGUGCCAGCGUCGAAUGGUAUGCUCGCGCCAGGCGCUAUAGAGGCAGGACGUACUGUCAAUGGUGAGAUAUUAUAUGUGGGUAGGGCACAUUACUGUGGUAGUAUUACUCCCGGAAAAAUUCAACCUUCACACGGUGCUCUCUACAUAGCAUUCGGCGGAUGUGAGCGCAGGAUUUCUAACUAUGAAAUACUUGUACGUCGGAACGAUUUCUAUCGCGAUGAGGCUAUAAAAAUCUGUUAUUGAUCAUGGAAAUUUAGUUUAUUUGCGAAUAAUACAUUUUACCAUACAUUAUAAAUUAUUCAUACACACAUACAUAUAUAUGUAUGUACAUAUUUAUUUAAUCAGUGCAAUAUUUUCAAAAAUACAGAUAAGAAAACUCAAAA